AUGGGAAAUAAGUUACCAGGUCCGAAAACAUUCCCAAUACUAGGAAAUGCUUUAUUAACAUUUGGUAUCCAUCCAAAUCACGUUCUAGAAAAACUACUCGAAUACGAUGUGUUUGGACCUGUGGCUCGUGCAUUUUUAGGAAACAAAUUAGUGAUUUUCAUGUAUCAUCCUCGAGACGUUGAAAUUAUUCUUAGUAGUACGGUUCAUAUCGACAAAUCGUCCGAAUACAGAUACUUUAAACCGUGGCUGGGAAACGGAUUGCUCAUCAGCACAGGUGAAAAAUGGAGAACACAUAGAAAGAUCAUAGCGCCAACAUUCCAUCUUAACGUAUUAAAAACUUUCGUUCCAUUAUUUUACGAAAACAGUAGAGAUUUGGUAAUACGGCUGCGUGAUCAAGUGGGAAAAGAAUUCGAUUGCCACGAUUACCUGUCCGCAGUGACUGUUGAUAUUUUAUUGGAAACAGCGAUGGGUCUGAGGGAAUCCGAAAAACAUGGAAAUGGAUACGAAUACGCCAUGGCUGUAAUGGAUAUGUGCGACAUAAUUCACCGACGCCAGUACAACGUAAAUCUACGGUUCGAUUUUCUCUUCAAGUUUUCGCGUUACGCAAAGAAACAAGAGAGGCUGCUCAAUAUCAUUCACAGUUUAACGUCGAAAGUGAUUCGAAAGAAGAAGGCAGAAUCGAAGUCGAAGCAAGUGGCAGACUCGGUUCAGUCUGACGAAAGCAAUGAAUCCAGUAAUAAAGAACGGGAUGAAACCGCAAAAAUGCAUUAUGUCAGAGACGAUCUCGAUGACAUCGAUGACAAUGAUGUCGGCGAGAAGAAGAGACUCGCCUUCUUGGAUCUUUUAUUGGAAAUUUCGAAGAACGGCGCUCAACUUACCGAUGAAGAAAUCAAAGAGGAAGUUGACACUAUAAUGUUCGAGGGACAUGAUACCACGGCUGCAGGUUCCAGUUUCGUUCUCUGUGUACUCGGUAUUCAUCAAGAUAUCCAGGACCGGGUGUAUCAUACUUUACGACUUUUCCCGCCAGUGCCCGCCAUUGCUAGGUUACUCAAAGAAGACGUCAAAUUAGCCACUAAUGGUUACGUAUUACCAAAAGGUUGUACAGUAUUAAUCGCACCGUUUAAGGUACACCGGUUAGAAGAAUUCUAUCCGAAUCCCGAAGAAUUCAAUCCCGACAACUUUUUACCUGAACGAAUGCAAAGUAGGCAUUAUUAUUCCUUCAUUCCCUUCAGUGCUGGACCGAGGUCUUGCGUGGGAAGGAAAUACGCGAUAUUAAAGUUGAAGGUUUUAUUGUCGACGAUCCUGCGGAACUACAGGAUCCUGUCGGAUCUCACAGAAAAGGACUUCCGGCUGAAGGUUGAUAUUAUUCUAAAGAGAGUGGACGGCUUCCGAAUAAAAAUCGAGCCGCGAAACAAAAGCAGUUCAGAAGUUUUUGUUUGA